AACAUGCUGAAAAUAAGCAAUUUGGGAAUAUGUUUGUGGCUCAGCGCCGUGGCACACUGUCUCCCACCGGACAAGGUGUCAGCAGGCCACAUCAUCAAGACUAGGAGUAUAGACCUCAACAAUGCGCACGGGCUGGCCAUGGAGACACGUUUGGACAGGAUCGUGGAACCGAGUGGCUACAAACUGGAUUUGGAGCCGUACAUGGAAGACGGCAUCUUCAAGGGCAAAGUCAGCAUCAACGUGACAUUUCUAAAAGAUUCCGACGUCAUCGUCAUUCAUUGCAGCCACGAUUUGAAGAUCGAGAAAGUUGAUAUCACAGUUUCUUUCUUUGACGGUCAUAAAGUCGAAGUGACCGAAGUGACAAGGGACGCCAGAAAGCCAAUAGCAACUUUGCACCUGAACAAGGUGGUCCCCGAAGGAAGCAAGGGGAACCUGGACCUGAGCUUCAACGGGAACAUGGAGACAGAGCAUACUGAAGCCUUCUUCAAGACCACUUAUAUGGAACAGGAGGAGGAGAAGAUAGUUCUGGGGACUUCUUUCCGCCCAAACAAUGCAAGGCGAAUGUUCCCAUGCUUCGACGAGCCGGAGUACAAGGUUGUGUUCGAGUUGAGCGUGGUGAGACCUAAAAAUAUGGUCGCUCUGAGCAACGUCCCCGUUGAGAAGACAACAGAGAUCGAAGGGGAGCCAAAUGCUGUGUGGGACCACUUCGAGCAGACUCCCCCCAUGUCCACCUUCACCCUGGGCUUGGUCAUCGGAGACCUGAAGCAGGUCAACAUGAGUGUCUUCAAGGACAGACUUGGCAAUAAUAUUGAGCUCCGCGUCUGGGGCCGCACAGAAUACGUCCCAGCCCUGGUUGGAGUCAUGGAUAAGAUCCUCCUGGUUUACAAACAGAUCACCCAGCUCAUGAAGUCUCCACUGCCAGUCAGCCGCUUGGAUUUCGUCGCUUUACCGAAUUACCAGGGUGUGAAGCCAGCUGAUAACUGGGGACUCAUCAUAUUCAAAGAGAGUGAUCUGAGCAGUAAAGGCUACCUUCAGCUAUCGCAAGAGAUCCUGUACCAAUGGCUGGGUUCCUUAGCUACACCUGUGUGGUGGUCAGACGCCCACAUAAAUAAGGCGCUUGUUGGCUAUUUGGCGGCAGAUAUUGCUUUUAAGGUGAACGGCGGUUCAGAAAUGGAAGGCAAGUGGCCGAUGACAGUCCUCUACUCCAUCUACUACGAGUUCAGCAAGCGUUACCCCCACUCCCGCAUCACGGGCAUGAAGCAGGAGACGGCAUGUACGAAGAUCGAGCUGCUUUUCAGGAUGUUCAACUAUACCCUUGGUGCAGAGACCUUCAAGAAAGGAUUGAGGAUGUUCAUUGAGUCGCGGAAAUUCCAAUCGUUUACUGGCGAUGAUAUUUGGGAGAAUUUGAACGCAGCUGCUCGGACUGACUCCAAGAUACCCCAAGACCUGAAUAUCAAGGAUAUAGUGAAAAGCUGGAUAGACAAAGAUAGACUGCCUGUUAUUAACGCGGAGAGGAAGUAUGACAGCAACACACUAGUUGUCACACAGAAAGUGUUCUUACGGGAGCGUCCUCACGAUGUGCCCGAUGCUUCCAAGAUGUCCUGGUUGGUGCCCAUCAUCAUCGCUAGGGAAGACCGCCUUAACUUCUCCGACACUGUACCAGGGAGCUGGCUGAAGGACAAGAAGGAACUGGCGAUCAAGUCCAUGCCGAAGAAGGAACAGUUCAUCAUUGUUAACCCUGAGGAAAUUGGGCCGUUCCCGGUCAACUACGACCAGCAUAACUGGAACCUCCUCUCCAACUACCUUCAAGGAAAAGACCGUCUCAAGAUCCCGGAGCUGACCAGAGCUAAGCUUCUCCACGACGCGUGGAACCUGGCUUACGCCGGAGACCUGUCGUUUGCAACUGCUUUGAAUAUGACGCUGUUCUUGAAGGAUGAGAGGCACCAUCUUGUUUGGGAUCCGGUGUUCACGAUGAUCGAUCACAUUGGGAGGCAUAUCUGUGCGUGUAUGCAAGGGAAGUUCAUGGCAUACGUCAGGACUCUCCUUACUCCUCUCUAUGAAGAGCUGACGAAGAACGAGACAGAAGACGAAGAGAACUGGCGCAAGAACCUUCGGACCCUGACGAAGAACUUCCUCUGCCAAGCCGGGUACAAACCUUGCAUCAAAGAAGCCCAGGAACAGUACAGCAAGUGGAUGGAAGCCAAGAAUCCUGAUGAAGGGAAUCCAAUAUCAAACCAGUACAUCUGUCCAGUCUUCAAAUGGGGUACCAUCAAAGAGUGGGAGUUUGGUCUCCAGAGGGUCAUAAACUUCCCCCCCUCGAGGAAACAGAGCGAGAGGACGUACCUCCUCAAGACCCUGGCUGGGUGUCCGAUAGAAGAGUCCAAAAUCAACAGGCUAUUGAACAUCACGAUCCUGGAGGGCAACGGGAACUUCACGGAGACAGACCUGUUCCUGAUCUUCAGCAUGCUGACCGGGGGCUCCCAGGGGUACACCACGCUGUUCCACUUCCUCAAUAACAACUGGGAUGUGUUGAAGGAGAAAUUCAUAAGUAAAACCAACCUAUGGGAUAACCUCAUUACUUCAGCCACCUCUCAGUUCACCACAGAGCAAGGCCUGGAGCUAGUAUCAAACCUGUACGUCGCCCACCAAGGAGAAUUCGCUUCAGCCGAACACAUAAUCGAGAAAUCUAUGAGGAACAUUCGAGAAGAAGCGAAAUGGUCCGCUGAUAACCUGCCAGUGAUAGAGGAAUGGUUAGACGCGUAUCUGGCAAAGAACGGUGUUAAAGAUGAAAGUAAGAGUUUUUUCGAAACGUAAAUUUGAUUUAUGAAAUUGGAACACUCUUUUGAAUGUAAUAAUGUUAUUUUUUUUAAGUCCAUCAAGUUAUUUUUACGUUCACCGAUUUCGAGAUUAACCAUUUUAUUUGUUUUUCAUUAGGUACCGUAUUGUGUAAUUUUGCUAAUCUUAAGCCUCGCUUUUAAAAUUGGAACAACUUGUUUUAAAGUAAGAGUGUGAAUGCACAAUUAAACAAAACGGAAUGAAGGGUGAAUGACUAUAUUAUGAAUAACAAGUUUUUAAUCAUUCAAUACAGUAUGUUUUUUUUUUAAGAUUUAUCAAUAAUUCUUUUAAGUUUCGAAUUUAAUUUUGUUCAAUCUGUGUUUAUAAUAAAUUGAGCAAUUGUGUUGGAAGAUAAAUAUUUUUUUAGGUUAAGUUUGAAGUACAGGGACACUAAUUAAUUAAUUGAAAUACAUUUGGAAAGUGACUUUUAAAAACUACUGACUGAAAAAUAAUGGCGUGAUUACAAAAAACAUCUGGUUCAAACAAAAUCGUUGCUUUAGAGCUGCCUCUUGUCUUAGAUAGGUGGUAAUUUUACAUUUAGGCAAUAAACUUUAUACA